AAUCUAUUUUGAAGCAGCAGCUAGCCAUAGUAACACUUCUUAUGGCUUUUACAUCAUUCAAAUACAUUACAUCAUUCAAAACAAGUUUCCCUAACACAUUAUUAUCAUCCAUAACAGGUUCCCUAACUCAUUACAUAAUCCACAACAGGUUCCCACUUAAUUAAUUGUUUUCAAACAGGAAAUCCAUCACACUCUUUGCCAAAAGAGCUCCAACCACAAUAAAAAAACCCUUUGCUGAUUUCUCGGACAAAUGAGCUGCGAUCGUUCCUCCUCUCCACCUCUCGGAUUCUUUUGUGCAAGGUAAGAACAAGGCGCUUAAUAAUAUCUUCAAGUAGUGGAUCAAUCCAACGAAAAUAAUUACAUGAAUUUGCACCCCGGUAAUUGGUGCAACCGAAGAACCAUCUUCCGGGGUUGCCAUCGGUCCAUGAAGUCCGAACUCCGAAGAACCGCCGGUACCGUGCACCGGCACAUUGGACCUGCAGCCGCCAUUGUCGACCGGCUUGGAGGAAAGAGGAAGCGGGCAGAAAUGAAUUGAGAGAAGGGUGUGCUUUUUUAUAGCAAUUUUGGCACAUGAAAGGAAGAAAUGAGAGAGCUGAGUGAAUAUAAAGUAGGAGGAAGAGCGGGAUAAGGGCAAGCCGCGCGGAAAGAAAUGUGUGUAAAGGGAUUUUUGUGGCCAGAAGCUGAAUCAACAAGAGGUGCUGACCUGUUCUUCUUGCGUGUAAGGAAAAUUACCUUCACAGUACCUGCCGUUGAUGAAGCCUGGAGCUUGGAGCCUUUCAUUUUCAAUCUCAAUUGAAGGAAAGGCUGGAGCCUGGAGGUGGUUUUGUUAGCCAAGGCUAUACGGCGGCGUAUCUGCUUGCUCAAUCUUCUCAAACUCAAACUUCCGAUUUCGAGUGUUUCUGUUUUUAGUUUUCCCUCUCAUACACUCUCCACUCCACUCUCUAUUCUUCUCCAGUCUCCGCUCCUCCUCUUCACCAAAAAAUCCACUGCUUCCUCCGCCAGAAUCCAAGUCCGGAAACCGGCGGCGUCCUCACAAUCAAGCUCUAACCCCCUCGGGAGCUUGGAUCAGUCGACCUUAAUUCUUUCAGCUUCUAGGGUUUAGCUUCGGGGAGCAGGAGCAAAGAUAUAAACCCUAACUCGGUCCAAACCGGCUCACCUUCUUCCAGCUGCUGGGCAUUUCCAGGAACGAUGGCGGAUUUACUUGGGGGAACCAAUCUGGACAAGUUAAUGUCGUUUAGUGACGAUCUGGUGGCGGUGUUGAAGAAGCAAACCAGCAUUCAUUCCUUGGCCCAAUGUCUUGACGAGUCGAAAGCUCUUCACACCUUUUCUGAGGCGGAAUUCGACGAGGUCCACACCCAGCUCGAAGAUUACGAGAGAAAGAUAGAGGAAUGCAAGCGGAAGACUCAAAAGGCAAAACUGGAAGUGCGUGAUGAAGCAGAGAUAGACCUUUUACAGAAGGAGUUAGAAGCUGAGCUCGAAAAGGAACGUGCUUUACGAGAGGAUCUCAGAGUGAUCAACAAUCAGAUCAGUGAUUUAGAGCAGCGAAGGGGCUCCGUUGACGAGCAAAUUCAAUUGAGAAAGAAACUGUAUCGAGAAGAGUCGAGGGCACAGAAGAAGCUUUCGAUGUAUGCUUCUGUGACGAAUAUCAUUCCUGACUUGGGCGAUCGUUCCAAAAUCUCAGGCCAUAUAGUAGACCGGGAUAAGAGGAUGGUUGAGAAGUUUGAGUUCAACCCAGCAGAAUCAACUGCAUUUGAAACAUGUGAGAGCAUUUGGAAGUUGAUAAAUCACCGAUAGGCAUUCAAACAUCCAUAGGUUCCUUCAGAGCUCUCCGAUCUGUUUCCUGCUGAUCUGGUUCCAUGGAGAUAGUGUGUGUGUGUGUGUGUUACUAACACCUUUUCUGUACCAUAUGUUAUUGUUGUUAUUAGUUCGAAAGGACCAAUGACCAUGAAAUCUACAAUUCUUAACAUAUGUGUAAUAUCCCAGGGUGCUUCCCUGCUCUCCUCUUUCCAUCCACCUCUUGCUCUUCUGAUCAGUGAUUUCUGGAAAAGCGUCCUCUCUGUGUCUCUUUCUAUAAUGUCAGUGUUAUUUUUGAACUAUGACGCAGUAAAGAUUUACCUAGGGUUUGUAUUUUGUUCUUGUAGAAGACAGUAUAAGAAUGUGUGUAAUAUCAUGUAUUCUGCAAAUACAUGGGUUUUCUACCAGAUUCAUACCAGAAAACAAUAGAUUGAUAGAAACUCACAGGUAACAAUCCUGACUGGUUGUUGCAUAACUUCUAAUCCAUCUAGUUUAGUAAUCUCAACCCACUAUUGAUAUCUCCUAGUUCACAAGGUUGUUACUUUUCUGGACUGAUAGGAAACCUCACAAGGCUAAGCAAAAUUCUAUUGUGAGCAUUAUGCUCUGUAGCACAUCUGUUCCUCAUUACUACUCUUCUCGAUGUCGUGACUACUCUUCCUGCAAGCAAUGGGCAGCGACUUGCCUUUGUAUGCGUUGCAGACAUAUGACACAAACUUCUUGUACUCCUGCACCACCCAGUUUCGAGUAAGUAACGGCAACUCAACAGCAUCAGAAAACUUGAGGAAUUUCUGAGAUAUGGCUAACCUGAGCCAGAGGGAUGCCGUUGACAGUGACCCAGGGUACACCUCGAAGUGGCGGCUUGAGAUGGGUAGUGUCGUAGCCAUACUUCAGCAGCAGCUUCAGACCCACAAGUCCAAAAUCAGUGCACUUGAUGAUGUCGAACAUGUAAGGUUGCCUCUGCAGCAGCAGCCAUCAAACCUUAGCUGGGCAUACCAUUCUCAUGUUCCCCAAAGAAAGAAAGAAAAGUAAGUGGAUUCAGGAGGGGUUAUUUACCGCGACGGCAAUUAUGCAGGCGUGUAUUCUGUUGAGCAAGCAUUCAUCUUCACCGUGUUGACAAACGAUUGUGGAGCCAAUGCUGUAGGCAUUGCCCCAAGGGACGAGCCUGAGAUUGACGAUGUUGACGAGAUCGGAACCCAUGGCUUCGGCUAGAGGAUGAAUGAUGAAGUCGCGGCAGUAGGGGCAACCUGUUUCGUAAUACAGGGUCAAGUUCACCUUGUCCGACUCGUAAGAAUAAGAUUGAGGUGGAGAGAGGAGUAGCAGAGACAAGAGGAGAAGGAGCAAUGGGAGGAAUGGUGGGGAAGCCAUUGCCUGUUGGGUUUUUUUCUCUUCUUGGGGUCUGUCUUCAAUAGAGAGAUGAAUCGAACUAGAAAGCGUGAGGGAUAAUAUGGCAAGGGGGUUGACAGAGAGAAAAUGCAGUGUGAGUAGUUGAUAAAUGAUAAUGAUGAUGAUCUGCUACUGGUACCGGCUUUAAAUGUGGUAGUUGUCGAGCGAACAAUCCUACAGAUCUCUG